AUGACGCCGUCCACUGCAGCCCCCGUGCCGCCACGGCGACUCUCCUCCCACACAAUCACCGCCACCACCACCACAACCGCAGCCGUGACCGUGACCGACGACGACAAUCGACUCACGCAGUCGCUCAGUCAGCUGUCGCUGCUGACCUCGGGCGAUCCAAGGAAUGGCGCGCGCCGCCCGUCCGAGGCGUCGCGCCCGCUGCAGCAGCAGUCGUCCUCGCGACGCACCUCGCAGUCGCCCGGCCACCGUAUGCCCUCCCGAAGCCCGUCCGGACGAGAUUCGCGGCCUACGACACCGCCCUUGCUCCGCAAAGCGUCCAUGAACUCGCUACACUCUGCCAGCGGCCACGGCUCUGUCCGCGCGCCGUCGCGUCGCUCAAGCAUGACCCAAACCUUGUCCCCCAGGAUGUCGCGAUCGCCGUCGGUGGGCAACCUGCAGGCCGAGGAGCAGAAGCCGCCGCUGACUGCGGCGUCGGUCGCCGCUGACUAUUUUCGCGCCGAAUUACAGAUACACCACGGGCCCGAGGCGACGUUGCCGUCCGAGACUGUUGUCAUUCUACACGAUGCCGUGUACGGCCACCGCUUUUCCCGGCCUCGAACGUCGCGCAAUGCGCUGAGCACAAUUGUCGAGCGGCCUGAACGAGUCAAGGCUGCUGUUUUGGGUGUAUCGCUGGCAUAUGUACGGCUCGGCGACCGACACGACCAGGGCGCGUACCCGGUGCAUCCCAAAGCCAAGAUUCACGAAAUCCCCAAGAUUCCAUUCCUCAUUCGCAAAUCGACGCGGAGUGUGCCCUUGACGUCCGCUGCUGUCACAAACGUUCACGGUACCAAGUGGAUGGAGGAGCUCAAAAUAAUGUGCGAUACUGCUGAAUCCAAGCUGGCCUUGGGCGGCAAAGAUCUUUCAAGACCCGAUAACAUCGAAAGAGACCAGCCGGCGCAACCGCUGCACGAAGGCGACCUAUACCUAUGCGCCGAGUCAUUGAAUGCUAUGCAGGGCGCUCUCGGCGCCGUAUGCGACGGUGUGGACGCCGUCUUUAGCCCAGCCCCAGCCCCGCGGCGCGCAUUCGUUGCCGUGAGACCGCCGGGCCACCACUGCGCCGCUGCGCACCCCUCGGGAUUUUGCUGGGUGAACAAUGUGCUGGUAGGCAUCAUGCAUGGCGCUCUCACACAUGGGCUGACCCAUGCCGCCAUCAUCGACUUUGACCUGCACCACGGCGACGGGUCGCAAGCCAUUGUCUGGCAGCACAAUGCGCGCGCCAAUGCCGCGACCAAAAACUUUCAGCAGUGGAAGAAGACUUCCAUUGGAUACUUUAGCUUGCACGACAUCAACUCGUAUCCUUGCGAGAUGGGUGACGAGGACAAGGUCAAGAAUGCGUCCCUCUGUAUUGACAAUGCCCACGGACAGAACGUGUGGAAUGUCCAUUUGCACUCUUGGAAGACGGAAAAGGAGUUUUGGGACAUUUACGAAUCAAAAUACUCAGUCAUUGUAGAAAAGACGCGCGCGUAUCUAAAGGCACAGGCAAGGAAGCUGCGAGCAGAAGGCAAAGAACCCAAAGCAGCCAUCUUUCUUUCUGCCGGAUUUGAUGCCAGCGAGUGGGAGAGCGCAGGCAUGCAGCGACACCAAGUCAACGUUCCCACCGAGUUCUAUGCCCGACUCAGCCAAGACGUUGUCAAGAUUGCCAACGAACAAGGUCUCCAUGUCGGCGGCCGCGUCAUCAGUGUCCUGGAGGGCGGUUACAGCGACAGAGCUCUGUGUUCGGGUGUUUUCAGCCAUCUGAGUGGUCUGGUCAGCGACCAGUCUACGCAAGCAUCGGACGCGGCCCGUGGUCUGGGCUACGAAAUGGGCCAAAAGUUGGGUACCAUUGCUGAGCCAGGCCCAGAAGCCGCGGCUACUCAGCCGCCUGCCGGACCUUCCCUGCAUCAAUACGACGCCGGCUGGUGGUCUAGCCAGCACUUGGACUCGCUCGAAUCUCUCGUCGCGUACCCUCAGUCGCCUCCCAGAAAGCCGCGCACAGGCACUCCGCCAACCUACUUCUCGGCGACGCAAGCAUCCUCCGCCAAGGUUAUAGACCCAAUCAAGGUGCGGCGCAGCCUGUCCGGGCUCUCCUCGACGAUCCAGCGGCCCCGCGCCGCAUCGCCGGUCGCGCCCGACGUGCCGUGGACGGUCGCGGCGCACGAGCUCAGCAAGAUUCUCAUCCCCGGCGACCGACAGGUGGACAGCUGCAAGGCCGAGGACCUAAACGCCGAGGCCACACGCGCCAGGCGUGAUGCGCAGUCGAUUCUCCUCGGCAUCCCCAUCCCGCCGACGCCCGCGCCGCAGGAAAGGCCAACGUCCCGCAUGGCGCUGCGCGAGCGCAAAGCCAAGAGCAGCGCGUGGCCCGCCGACGAAGGAAGCGAGCGCGCCAAGGGCCCUACAUCGCCGAGCAAGCGACCCGCGUCCCGAGCUGCCAGGGCCAAGUCUACCGAGGCCGAACAAGCGGCGGCGUUUGCCAGCCAUGACCGCAGACGCUCGCGCCGUCUCAGCGAGUCGAUUGCAUCGCAGAGCCCCGGCAACAAGGACGAUGCCGCCGUUCCGGUCCCGCCGCUGCCCGCCGAGUACGAGCACAGCCGGCCCCCGACAUCCGGCAGCAGCAACCGCGCCGACUCUAGCAUGAGCGGUCAUAUCCAGGAGCCGGCUCGCGGUGCCCCGCCGCCGCCGCAAAACCUGACCGUGAAGAAGACGAGGCAGCAGAGAGGCACGACGACGACGACGACGACGACGACGACGACGCCCAAGGAGACGACGCCGAAAACGCCACGUGCGCGCCGGGCUGCGACGCCGUCGUCGACCAAGGCCAAGACAGCGGUCAAGCCUAGACCAAAGAGCCAGCCUCCUCUGUCGCCGCCUCCCGCGCCGGCCUCGGAGCCGCCCGUGCCUGCUGUGGAUAGGAUUACUACGGGCAUGCGGAAGAUCAAGAUUAACCUGAUUACGCAAUCGCAAAAGGAGGCGGGUGCGCCUCUCAAGCAAGAAACCACGGCCGCCAAGCCAGCAGCUCCUCCGCUCGGCAGCUACGACGCAGGACAGGGACAGACGCCGCCGGCGGGCUCCUCGUCCGCUGUCGAGACGUCUCCGUCGCAGCUCGCGCCGUCCGAUGCCGCCUUCCUCAGCCGCACCACAGCGUCGGGUCUUUCCACACCCCUCGACGAGCAGUCCAUGCUCGACCCGCCGUCGCCGCUCGAGCACAGGGCAGGCGGGGGCAACAUAUCCAACGCCGCCACCGCCACCACCACCGCCACCACCAUCCCCGUGGCCGCCAGCGGUAGCGUCACGGACCCGGAUCUGUUCAUAAGCUACCAGCCUGAAGGCCCGAUACCCGUGGCCGUGAAGCGCCAAGACUCGCCGCUGCAGUGGCUGGAGCCUACCAUGUCCACGCCCGCGGCCAGCACGCCCGCGGCGACGCCGAGCCCUGCCAAGAAGAAGCCCGUCGUCGUGUCGCAGCUGUUCCAGUACACUUCGGGUGGCAUCCCGUUUGCGCCUCGACCCGGUAGCAGUGGCGGUGCAGAGGCUGCGGCACGGGCGGGUGACGUCAAGCCCGAGGAUGAGGCCGGACCCAAGGCUGUGUGGCAAGUCCCGGAGGCGCCCCAUGGUGUAUAA